CCAGCACCACCGCGCACCGACUCCACUCCACCCGUCUGUACCACCCGUAGCAUGGACCUUGUCCAGUUUGUCGCCCCGUGGGCUUGGGCGUGCAGCGCAGCGGCGUUCUUCGGCGCCGUCUACCUCGUCUCGCGCAUCCGGGUUGUGCCGCGGACGCAGAUUCUGGUCGUGGAGCACAUGGGCAACGUGACACGGACGCUGAGCAACACCAUCGCGUUUCUCUGGCCGUUGGAGCGCGAGCGUGAGUUCUGGUGGUCGUGGGACGGGACGCAACCGUCACGGCGGGUGGCGCUGCCGCUGACGGAGCAGUCGCUGGACCCGCCGUCACUCGAGGUCCGGGCCCGCUCGUACCCGUGCGAGGUCGACAUUCUCGUGCGGUACCGCAUCACGGACGCUGCACGGGCGGCAGAGACGUCGGACGACCCGCUGCGGGCAACAAUGGUGACGAUUACCUCGCGGCUCCGCGAGGCCUGCUCUCAGAGGUCGUGGUCCGAGAUCGACAAGUCGCGGGCCUCGCUCGCUGCCGAGCUGGUCGAAUCGCUCAACACCAUCACCGAGGCGCGCUACGGCAUCACCAUUUCAGAGGUGGUCAUCGAGGGCGUGAGCGUCAAUAAGGCCGUGGCCAAAUCGUUCCAGGCUCAGUUCCAGAAGGAUGCCGAGCUUGAGGCCGAGAUGCGCAACACGCAGCGCCGCCGCGAGCUCGCGCUGUACGAGGAGGAGACCAAGACCCGACUGCAGGAGGCCGAGCUUGAGCGAGCACGGAGCCGCAACGUCCUCGAGGCCGAGAAGCUCCGUGUGCUCGCUGAUGCGGGCGUCGAUCUCUCUACAUACUUUAUGGCGCAGUCGUACGCCAAGCUUGCCGAGGCUGUUGCUGCCGGGCAGGUCCACACGCUGGUGCUGGGAGCCAACGGGCUCCCGCACCUGGCGCCGAACCAGUAACCGUAAACCUUGGUCGAAAAGAGA